AUGGCGGCCAGCCGCGUCCUGCGGGACCUCUCUGCCCGCCGCGCAUCGCGACCUCCCGCUUCCUUCUCCUCGGCGACCGUCCGCCCCUUCUCAUCGACGGCCCAGUCCCGCCUCAAGGCCCUGAAGAACCCCCCACCCUCGCCCGCACCCUACACCUCGCAGUUCCCCCCCGCGGCGAACGCGGCGGACGCGGCACUCGCGAACCUCUCCCACCUCACCCCCGCCCAAAUCACGGCUCUCCUCUCGACACCACCAAAACCGCCGCCGCCGCCACCGGGCGGUGUCCCCCAGCCCGACGGCCAACAACCUCCGCGCUCCCGCCUCUCCCGCUCCCUAUGGGCCCUCGCCUUCUUCGUCCUCGGCUACAAGCUCACCGCCGACGAGAUCGCGACCUGGCGCUUCGCCUACCCCUUCAUGCACCCGCCCGUCGAGACCAAGGACCCGGACGAGAUCGCCAUGUACCGCGAGCACGCCACCUACGACGCCCUCGAAGACUACCCGAUCCUGCAGUCCAUGGUGCCCCAGGUCAACGAGGCCGGCACCCGCGCCACCCCCACCGACUGGGAGCAAUGGCAGCCCUACGAGGACUUCUCGGCCGAGACGCUGUCCAAGCACCUCUGCGGCGGCACCCUCAACAACCCCAACGCCCUGGGCCUCGUCCACCUCGUCUUUCGCAACCGCCUGACCGGCGAGAUCAUCCUCGCCAUCAUGUUCGGCGACGGCACCUCGGGCUGGCCGUCCAUCGUGCACGGCGGCAUGCUCUCGACCAUCAUGGACGAGGCCAUGGCCCGCCUCGCCGCCCUCAACUUCUCCGCCAACACGGCCGUCACCGCCCGCCUAUCCAUGGACUUCAAGAUCCCCGUCUCGCCCCGCAUGCUGUACAUCGUCCGCGUCAACAAGGUCUUGCCCGAGUAUCAGAAGCAGGGCUCGGACGAGGACAAGACGGACCGCAAGAUGUGGAUCGUCGGCCGUAUGGAGGACCCGGAUGGCGCCACCGUCCUCGAGGCCAAGGGGCUGUUCGUCGUACCCAAGGGGGGUCACAUGCAGCCUUUGGGGAAGCACUUUUGA